GUUUUCAAAUUUAAAUCGAGGAAAAGAGAAAAUAAAUAAAAUAUUCCGCAUAUUGGGGGCCAAUAAAGAAAAUCUUAGCACACCACCAAGGGAUGCUCCUCCACCCACGCCCAUAACUAAAGGUUUAAACUUAACUACCACGCCCAUAGUCAAAAAGGAGAAACGACAAACCAGCUCACGUUAUAAUGUAUCCAAAAAUUGUGAAUUAACAACAUUAUCCCCCUUGAAUGAGAAAACUCCUGCCAAUGAACGCGAGGAAUUGUUUAUACAAAAACUAAGACAAUGCUGUACACUGUUCGAUUUUUCCGAACCAUUAAGCGACCUAAAAUGGAAGGAGGUUAAACGGGCGGCUUUACAUGAAAUGGUUGAAUAUUUAUCCAAUCAAAAUAAUGUUAUUACCGAAGCAAUUUAUCCCGAGGCAAUCAAUAUGUUUGCUGUCAACCUAUUUCGCACCCUACCGCCUUCUUCAAAUCCAAAUGGUGCCGAAUUCGAUCCGGAAGAAGAUGAACCCACAUUGGAAUCAUCAUGGCCCCAUUUACAAUUUGUCUAUGAGCUAUUUUUGCGUUUCUUAGAAUCGCCCGAUUUUCAACCGAACAUCGCCAGACGUUAUAUUGAUCAUCAGUUUGUAUUGCAAUUGUUGGAUCUAUUCGAUUCGGAAGAUCCAAGAGAACGUGAUUUCCUAAAGACUGUUUUACAUCGUAUUUAUGGCAAAUUUUUGGGUUUGAGAGCAUUUAUACGCAAACAAAUCAAUAAUGUUUUUUACCGAUUCAUCUAUGAAACGGAACAUCAUAAUGGCAUUGCUGAACUUUUGGAAAUUUUGGGCAGUAUAAUCAAUGGUUUCGCUUUACCUCUCAAAGAGGAACACAAACAGUUUUUGCUCAAAGUACUGUUACCAUUGCACAAGGCCAAAAGCCUGUCCGUCUAUCAUCCGCAAUUGACCUAUUGUGUGGUGCAGUUUUUGGAAAAAGAUCCCAGCUUGGCCGAACCAGUCAUUAAGAGCCUUUUAAAAUUCUGGCCCAAAACCCAUAGUCCCAAAGAGGUUAUGUUCUUAAAUGAACUGGAAGAGCUGUUGGAUGUCAUUGAGCCAGCUGAAUUCCAAAAAGUCAUGGUUCCAUUAUUCCGUCAAAUUGCCAAAUGCGUUUCAUCGCCACAUUUCCAGGUGGCCGAACGGGCGCUUUACUACUGGAACAACGAGUACAUUAUGUCAUUAAUAUCGGACAAUUCUCAAGUCAUUUUACCCAUUAUGUUUCCUGCCUUGAAUCGCAAUUCGAAAACACAUUGGAACAAAACCAUACACGGUUUAAUUUAUAAUGCACUGAAAUUGUUUAUGGAAAUGAAUCAGCGUUUAUUUGACGAGUGCAGUAAAAAUUAUCGACAAGAAAAGCAAUUGGAACGUGAAAAAAUGUCUCAACGUGAGGGCUUGUGGCAACAGGUUGAAUCUAUGGCCAGAAAUAAUCCCGAAUGGCACAAACUUUGCGGUCAAAUGGACAAUUUAAGUAUUUCGAGUAGUCAAAAUGAAUUCGAUGAUGAUAAUGAUAACUUAGAUCUUACCUAUAAGUUGGAUUAUGAUGAUCGACAACAGCAGCAACAACAACAGUCGCAACAAAUGCAAAAUCAUAGUAUAGCACAGGAUAAUCGUGAGAAAUCGCCACGUAACAUGGAUAAACCAUUGCUAAGACGAAAAUCUGAUUUGCCAGCUGAUAGCGGCAUUGUACAUGCUCUCUUUGAACACAAGAGGCCAGAUGAAUAUUUAAAAACUCCACCAGAUGCAAAUGCGUUUUAG